AUGGAAAAUAUAGAAAGGAUCACGGCCUGGAGUAGGAUUUCUAUCCUUAAAGAGAGUUGGGAUAAAGUAUCUAAGUCAGAGCUCCAUGACUUGUGGUUAGACAUUAAGAAUUAUUGGAAUAUAUCAAAUGAUGCUUCCCAAAAACAAACACUUAAAGUAUGCAACAAGUCAUGGAGGGCCUACAAGUCGACUCUUAUUAAUGAUUUCAUGAUUUGGAAUAUGCUAUGGUAG